GGGUACAGUGUGUUUUGUAAACAUGACCGCAAUGAACGUUUUUGUUAUCGGACACUCUUACAUCAGAAGACUAAAGGAAUAUUGUGUUCAAAAGGGGACAGAAAAUUUGGGUUUGGAUCCAAAACAAUAUCAUGUUACAUUCAGAGGGAAAGGAGGACUGAAAUUGAGUAAAUGUGAUUCCCGCUCCGAAUUUCUGUGUUUUGACACUGUCCCGGAUGUUGUGUUUUUACAAAUCGGCGAGAAUGAUAUUUCCACUUCCACGAAUAGCAGAAAAUUAGCCAUGGAUAUUAUUUCGGUUGCACAAUAUCUUCGUGACGGAGUAGGUGUGAAAUUGAUUAUUAUAGGUCAAUUAAUUCGCCGUAUGCAGUUCGCAUCAUGCAGAGAUUUCAAUGCCACAGUGGUUGAAAUCAAUUUACAUGUGAAACAGAUGAGCGACCCCCUAUGUGGUAUUCAUUAUUGGGGACAUAGAGGGUUCUGGAAUGACCUGCAAUAUCUAGGACCAGAUGGUGUCCAUCUGCUCUGUACCCCUACUGAGGACCAGCCUAUGAGGAAAUAUCGCCGCAGUGUCAGGAAUGCGGUGAUCCUGCUUUCUAAAUUACUAAGGCCAGUAUAAUUUUUGCCUUGCAUAUUGUUCAUUAUUUUAUGAGCACUAAAGUAUUUCUAUGUCACAAUUUAAACAACAAACAUACACGAUAAUAUUGUGUUGGAUUGAGAC